AUUUAUACAAGUCGAGAGCCAAACUAGCGCUAGCCGCUCUUUGGCUUGGGAGGGAGAGAGAGAGAGAGAGAGGCUAAACUUCCUCAACCCGCAUCAGAUCAGACACCCUGCGCGAGGGAGGAGGUUUCAACCCUAAUCAGAUCAGACACCCUGCGCGAGGGUGGAGUGAAGCAAUGACACUAUCGGAGGAGGAAAUCACUAGGCUUUUCAGGAUCCGAAGAACGGUGAUGCAAAUGCUGAAGGACCGCGGUUAUUUUGUUGGGGACUUUGAGAUUGACAUGACCAAAGAGCAGUUCAAGAAUAAAUAUGGGGAGAGCAUGAAAAGGGAAGACCUUGUUAUCAAUAAAUCCAAGCGAAAUAAUAGCUCUGAUCAGAUUUAUAUCUUCUUCCCUGAGGAACAAAAGGUUGGUGUUAAGACAAUGAAGACUUAUUCCCAGCGCAUGAAAUCAGAGAAUGUCUUUAGAGCAAUCUUGGUUGUUCAACAAAAUUUGACGCCAUUUGCUCGGAGCUCCAUAAAUGAGAUUUCUACAAAAUUCCACUUGGAGGUUUUCCAGGAGGCAGAGUUGUUGAUAAACAUUAAAGAGCAUGUGCUUGUUCCUGAGCAUCAGGUGCUUACAAAUGAGGAGAAGAAGACUUUGCUGGAGAGGUACACUGUGAAAGAAACACAGCUGCCUCGUAUGCAAGUGACAGAUCCUGUUGCAAGAUACUAUGGACUGAAGCGUGGACAGGUUGUGAAGAUAAUCCGGCCAAGUGAAACUGCAGGACGAUACAUCACUUACCGAUACGUAGUAUGAAUACAAGUUGAAACACAACUCAAGUUGAAACUGCUCUUUGCCUGUGUCAAAAUGGCUGGAGAACUCAAAUUCAAUGAUGAUUUAAUGGGGGAUAUUAUCAUUUAUAGACAACACUUGAACUCAUUUAUGCCCUACUGCCUAGUUGUGAAUCCCGGUAUUUGCUGUGUGGGAGUGUUGUUUGUAGUGCAGUUGGGAUAGUAAAGGAUCUUAUAGUUAUAGUAAUCUCAUGUGUGCUUGUUUGCCGUGUCCAUGUCUGGAAUGGGGCAUACCCAUUGAUAGACAGAAUUGGAACAACAAAUAAAUUUCAGAAACCGUUUCUCUGAA